AUGGAGUUAAGAAAGAAGUGGUUGAAAGCGAUAAGAAGGCCAGAUUUCGUUCCUCGUGUAGGUGAUGGGUUAUGUAUAAACCACUUUAGAGCACAAGAUAUCCAUAAUAUUAGUACCGAAGGGCACUCGCAUUACAUCCCAAUAUUUCCUUGGCAAGAAUCAGCUGACAAUCCACCAGAGGCAAAUGAACCAUUUACUGCACAAAGUAACUUCUCAAAUGAAAAUAUAGAGAUAGAAGAAAAAGAAGCGUGCUGUCCAGAAUUUAUUUCAACAACUGAAUCACCUGAACAACAAUCAACGACUGAUGCACCUGAACAACAAAAUAGCAAGUUCCUCGCAGAAGAAGACAUUUUACAAGUGAAUUUACAGUUAUGUGAAGAAGAAAUUGAUGCUGAAGUAGAACCUUUGAAUAAAAGUGUAAUAGAAUUAAAAAGUGAUAUGCACAGUGAUGAAGAGCCAGUGUACUUAAAAAAGUCAAUUAUGAUGCAGACAGAUUCAUGUUCAAAGUAUAAUGUGGACAACUACAAACAUAAACCUGUACAGCUAAAUCAUUUCACUGGGUUCAACUACCAAAAAUUCAAGACUAUCUUGUACACGUUAUCACCAGUUAUGUCUCACUUUGAGAAAAUUGAAAAAGAUAAAAAGAUCAGCAUACCAAAUCAAUUGUUUCUAACUCUUUGGAAACUGAGACGAGCAACUUGCAACUUGGAGUUAGCAGAGCACUUUAGCACUGACAAUGAGAGUGUUGCUGAAAUUUUUUAUACAUGGAUAACAAUUAUGUCAAAGACAUGGUCUCUGAUUGAUAUGUGGCCAAGUCGAGAAUUGAUAAACUUCUACAUGCCACAUUAG